GGAUCAGGCUCCAGUUUUUAGCCCAAGGCCGCCAGCGGGGGAAGAGUGUUUUGCAAGCAUGCAAAAAAGAGAGAGAGAGAACAAGUUUUGUUAGCUAAGCUUGCAAGGGGGGGCUGUGCCAACCGGGCCUUCUUUCGCCGCUGCUUCCCAAAGCCAGCCGUGAGCAGAGCCGCCCCUCGCCGAAUCUGCACCCUGCAAAAAAGCUGGUGAGUCUCUCUUGAGGCGUAAAAAAAUCAACAGGCACCGAGUUCCCCUUCCUUCCUCUAUCAGUAUCUCGUGGUGGCGUCCGGGAGCGAGCGCAACUUUUUCUCGAUGUAGAAACAGGGCCCAGCUAAAGGAAUCCGAACUCUCUGCUUCCCGAUUUGCCCGGGACCCGAGUUCAAGAAUAUCUUCGGAAUGCUACUUAAAAGAACGCUGCGCCCCCGAACUCUGCGAAAUCAAUCUCAGUUCGACGCUCCCGCGUUGUAUCUGUUUGCUCUCUCGGUUAGCCUGCAGACACCAACCCAGAUUUUAAUCUCCACUGAAUUCACAAACAUACCUGGGGAGGCCGGGGUGGGGUGGGGAGAAUCUGCUUUUUUAAAGUCCUGCAAUUCCCCAGAUCGUUUGCUCAACUAGCGAGCUAAAUCAGCAUUGCAGAUAAUUUUAAUUUUAAUUUAGCAAUGUUGAAUGAGCACAAGGGAUGCUUUCGUUGCAUAUCUUUCGUAAGAAAACGUUUCUCUCAAACCUGGCCCUUGUCUGACAAAACAUUCUAAAUGUGUUUGUGGGAGUGGGGUUAUUGGUUUGUUUUCGGAUUUUUGUUCUCUAUGUCAUGUUCUCAUUUUGUGUUUUUACAUUGCAAACUGCCUUGUGAUCUUCGGAUGAAGGGUGGUAUACAAAUUUAAUAAAAAAUAAAUACAUUGUUCUUCCUCUCCCCAUCUUUUCCUCACAACAACCCUUUGAGGUAGGUUGAUGGAGCAGGAUGAAUCCAGGGUUAUCCUUUAAGCUUCAUACAUGAGUCUUGAUUUGAACCCUGGUCUCCUAGUCCAGUUCUUAACAACUACACCAUACUGGCACUCCCAUUUUUACCUCGUGUUUUAAAAUCAGGCCUGUCGACUAUUACACAGAGAUGUUUCCUUAAUUGUCUGCAUAAGCUUGGCAAGAUAUCCUUGUGGGAGAGUGGGGAGAUCGCAGAAGCAACAGAGGUUUAUUAUUAUUAUUUUUUUUAAAACCCACAUACAUCCCAUAUCCUCCACUCAAAGUCAUUGGAGUCAAAAUCACAACCCUAUUAAAACCAGUGGGUUUUUUUAAAUUAAAAAACAACAACAAGGUGCCAGUACUCAAAGCUUGAUAAAAGUGCUGUGGGUGCCAGCACAAAAUGUAAAAAGCACAGAUUAAUACAAUAAAUUAAACAACAAUCCAGUUAAUGGGUCUGGCUGUGGUCAUAAUUUUAUUCUUGGUAGCACAGGGUACAUCUUGCUUUAAAAGUUCCUUUGUACUUUCUGCUGUGCUCGAAAGUUAUCCACCAAUAAUUAUAAUUGAUUUUAGUGUAACUACUUGUUUGAAACAUAUACUCUGUAUAUAUUUACAUGUAGCCAUUUUUUCCUUGGUAACAAUGGGCAUGCAUCUUCAUUUCUUUUUUUUAAAAAACAGCAACACAUUUUGCACGCGUUCCAUGGUGUAUAAUGUUACUGUUGCGGUUAAAACACACUCACUAUUUUGCAUGUUUAGCGUUGAACAUCUGUAUUUCACUAGCAUCAAUGCAUCUUGCUUUCUCCUCCACCCGGAUCCCUCUCUUCUGUCCUGCCUACAUUUCUGGGGAGAAUGCUGAUGAUGUGCUAUUGAUGUUUGCCCUACUUAUUAGUGCACUCACACAGAAAAGAACUAUACUCAGCAGCAACUUGCUAAUGUUUGACUGUGAAGAUAGGCGUUCUCAUUAAAGAUUAGCAAUGCUGGGUGCUAUAAGUUUGCUGACGGGGGUUUUUUUGGAAGAGUAGAUGGCUUAGACUCUAGUAGCAAGGAAGCUGAAUGAAGCAGCUCCUUUAGAAACUUAACUUUUCUCGGUUGUAGUUCACACUGCUGGACAUUGUGACUGGGAUUUGACUGAGCUGACUGCGAACAGGACUUCUUAUUUGAUUCUGUAAGAAUGCUUAUUUCUUGUGUCUUUCCUCCCAGCCCCAAUUGUCUUUUUUUUUCUUUUUAAGAGUUGCUUUCUUGAAAUAAUUAUAGUUGUUAAUGUCUAGUUUGCUAGGAGAACUCUGAAAUAAAAUCUUGAGGCACCAUACAGCCUCAAGAAAUUAAUAUCUUUUGCUCUGCAGGAAAAAUAUAAUUGCGGCUUUCACUAAGCUGCCGUGCAUUGUGGGUUCAGGCAUUAGUGGUUAAGUGCAGCCUAUAACAAAUUGUUGAGUGCAUCUGUUCUAGAAGUCCUUCUCCUCAGGGAUCCUGCUAGCCUGUCAUACUUGUGAGCCAUGGGAUGCAAGCAAGCACAUUUACUCCUCACCCUCUCAGCUUCCCAUUUUUCUUUUCAAUUGAAAGGCAAAAUUCUGGGAUUCCUGCUGUCUUCAUUUGGAUGGUUUGCCUCUUUUUUUGUUGCUCAGAAUACCCAAGGUUGCCCUGAGCAUGUUGAUAGCUCCCUCUUCAUGUCAGGUUUUGGCUCAAUUUCUAUUGGCUCUCACUUCCUGAGCUUGAUAUUAGAAGGAGUGAUAUUUGGCAACACUGUGCAGGCUGUAAAAUUUGUGAUCCGAAAAGGUGAGCAAAGCCCACUAGCUGUAUAUUUUAUCCUGCCACUUGCUCAACAGCCCUCCUGUUUUUUUGUAAUCUCAGGCAGGCUCCCCAAACAAGGAACAUAGUGGGCCUCUGAUUGAGCAUAGCCAGUGGGUUGAAUUUGGGUUGCCGAGCAGAAUUCGUUCAGUCCUGAUAGACAUCAACUCUGAGCAUUUACACACACAAUUCUGAAAAUGCUUCUUUCGCUCUUCCAAAGUCUCGUCCUUUAGUGCAACUUUCUGUCUGUGACAGAAAAGUCUGAAUGGAUGCUUAGCCUCUGGGAAGGUGCUUUUGGGAAGCUUGCAAGUGGUGAAGGGUGGAGAUGAGGGACUUGGACAUCUUUAUUGUUUGUUCUUUGUAUCUGGCAAUGAGAGGUUUCUGGGCCAUAAAGAUUCCUGGUUUUAUUUACUGUACAUCAUUGCCGAUAGCCAUUGCUAGACCUGUCCUUGUGAAUUUGACUAAUCCAUUUUAAAGCCACCCUUACCUUAUGGCAAUUCAUUUCAUAAAUUUGCGAGGCAUUGGUCCUGUGCAGAGUCUCACUUUGCCUGGAAUAUAGCUCUGAAGAGAGGCUAAGGGUCCAGAUAGCUCCAGGUCCCAACUAGCUUAUAACUUUUAGAAUAGGUUCCUGAAUUUGCUUUUUCAUCCCCCCUCCCCUUUUAUUUGUGUGCCAUCAUCAUGCCUUUGUGGCUUGUGAGAGACUUUCUUCCUUGUGAUUUUAGAGCCGCUCUGGGAAUCUUUUUGCCUAAAAAGUGGGCUAAAAAACAGCUCAAGGUAAGUGUGUUUCAACUGUGGGGGAGAGUAGUUAACAUCUGGUUCCUGUUCAACUUAACUUGACUGCAGGUAGGAACGAAGGGAAACAUCCUUUGCCUUCCUUGAUUGCUGCUUCUCUUCCCCAAAGGCCAUGUCCUCUGUAAAAGUUGAGUCCGUUGUGCAGCACAACUGCAAACUUGGAGAAUCACCCGUUUGGGAGGAAAAGGAAAGUUCGCUUCUCUUUGUGGAUAUAACUGACAAAAAGGUCUACCGAUGGAAUUCCCUUACCAAGGAACUUCAUAGUGUUUCUGUAGGUAAGGAACAGUUUCACAGUAGAGUAUUUAUUUCAGAAUGAUCUAAAAAUUAGAUGAUUGGCGGGAUCAUCGUGUGACUUUUACAAGCUACAUGGGAGGAAGAAGCGCCAUAGGUAUGGUUUUCCCAUCGACUUGUGGUAGGAUAAGCCACACUUUUGGAACUAUUCCUUCCCAUACAGCUCUUAGGACCAGUUCCGGCACUGAAAGGUAUCUAUUAAGUGUGAAAUUUGCCUACAAACCAAACUCUGUCUGUUGCAUAGUUCACAGAUUAUGAUAAGCCAAACUGUGGCUUACUGUGAAUGGGCAGGCAUGCUGGUGCCUGCUGCUCAAAUCAUGCUGCCCAAUGCAUUCCUUUCCAAAGCUGAGAGGAAACAAACCAGAAGUUGUCUUAGUGCCACAUGUGAACCAGCACUCAUGGUUUGCGGGCCGCUGUUUUGUUUCCUCCGGCUUUCAAAAGAGAGGAGCGGUGCAGUGCAAUUAGAGCAGCACACACCAGCAGGCUGACUUGGUUCACGGUAAGCCCUACAACUUUGAUGGGAAACAUUUUCCAGCCUGAGGGCCACAUUUCCUAGAGGGCAACCUUAUGGGGGCCACAUGCUAGUGUUGGGUAGAGCAAGGGAUUCUGUUCUAUUGUUUUAUUUGCAAAUUUAACAAGGAGAAGAAAAAGAAAAAAGGUGAAACAAAAACAAUGAAAAAGAAGAGGAAAACAGCAAUGAUGAUAGAAAUGUACAAAUUAUAACAAGAAACUGCCAUCAGCUCGCAUUGUGGAUGCAGUGACCAUCAGCACAUGAAUCUUAAAGUUAGUAUAAGCCCUCCAGAAGUCCAAAUAGAUAUCAACAUGCAGUUGAUGCCUAUAUGAAACAUGGUUGAGUAUAACCAGGGCAGUGAGGUCCUCAAAUCAUUGGACUUUUAACUUUUGUACAGUAGGAUUAUGUUCUAGCUAUGCAAAAGUUUCUGGUGCAGCAUUUUGUAACUGAUGCUUCCAAACUGGGCAACUCCAUAUGAAUUACACUACAGUAGUCAAGUAUUGAGUUCCAGUGUAGUGUCAUGGACAGAGGGUCAGACUUGGCUUUGUUGUGGCUGUGAACAAGGAUAUUUAAUUUUAUGUAUUUUACGUAUUUUGACCAAACUGCGGGAGGCAGUGGAAGACAGGAGUGCCUGGCUUGCUCUGGUCCAUGGGGUCACGAAGAGUCGGACACGACUAAACAACAACAACAACAAUUUUACGUAUGUGUUUAUUUAAUGCCUUUGAAAAACAAUAAAAAGUUGUCCAAGUGGUUCACUCUCUUUUCUCCCCCACCCCAAAACAUGGUUUCCACUCCAGGUGCUCCAGUGAGUUGUGUGUGUCUUCGCAAAUCUGGCGAUUACAUGAUUACCCUGGGAACCCAGUUUGCAGCUUUAAACUGGAAAAAUAAGUCAGUAACCACCAUUAAGAACGUUGACUUGGAUAAAUCCAAUAACCGGUUCAAUGAUGGGAAAGUGGAUCCUGCAGGAAGACUGUUUGCAGGUAGGUUUGGAUGGCCAUCAGUCCCAUGCUUGAAGAUUUCCAGCUCGUUUAUUUGUCUUAAGGAAUUAGGAUCCUUCGUUGUGUAUCACCCAACAGUAGCUAUCAAUCCCAGUUCACAGAACCUUGUACUGAACAAACACCUCUCUCCUUCCCCUCAGCUUCUUCUGUGUUGCAGCUUAGUGUUUCUCUUGUUCCAUGUGAUUACUUUGCUUUGACAAAUAAAUAUCCCUAACAAUUCAGAGCACAGUUUUCAUGUCACUUAACCUGACUUCUGCCUUUGAAGCAAAUGGAUCCAUUUUUUGUAGCGAGGAGCCAUUGAUAACUUUAUCUGACAAGGUUCUUUCUUUCUUUCUUUCUUUCUUUCUUUCUUUCUUUCUUUCUUUCUUUUUUCUUUCUUUUAUAGUCACCCAAGUUGGUGGCCAUCACUGUCUUAUCAGAGCCAAUUCCGUUGUUUACUCACUAUGUGAAGAAGCAGGGCUUUUUUUCAGCCAGAACUCCCGAACUUUGUUCCGGCACCUCUUUUUCUAGAAAAAUAGCACCGUACUUUCUUCUACUGGGGGUUGUUAGGAGACCCCUCUUUCCUUCACAGAGCUACAAUUCCUGGAGUAGUUUCACAGUCAAUCCCUCUCCCCAGGGAACUCUGGGAAUUGGAGCCCUGUAAGGUCAGUAGGGGGUCUCCUUCCUAACAACUUCUAGCAUCCUUAAAUUCACAGAACUCUUUGAGGGAAGUCACGACUGUUUGAAGUGGUAUUGUGGUGUUUGAAAUGCGUGGUGUGGAUGUGGUGUAUUCUUUAAUUUCAGUGAGGCUACUCUGAGUAAAAUGUAGUUGAACAUUCUUUGAACAUUCAGCUUCACUGGGUGGAAUAAUUAAAGAGGAGACCACCCACUGUUGUGGUGCUACAUCUUUGGCUGUCUAUUGUCUUUUUAGGAUACUCUUAACCUGAAUGUUGUGGUCCUUGCAGGUACAAUGGGAGAGGAGAUUCGGCCAGCAGUGCUAGAGAGGCAGCAAGGUUCCCUCUACACCCUCUUUCCUGAUCACUCAGUAGUGAAACACUUUGACAAAGUGGACAUCUCCAACGGUUUGGAUUGGUCGCUGGAUCACAGAACCUUCUAUUACAUCGACAGCCUUUCGUACUCGGUGGAUGCCUUCGACUAUGACCUGCAAACUGGAAAGCUCUGUAUGGCUGCUUUUGUUAUUUCGAGAUCCUUAAAAUAAAAACUUUUCCCCCAGUGCAGUUGUUUUGCUGCCAAGCACUGAGCAAAAAUCUGUACCUGCUAUACUGUAAGAAUAUCUCACUGCAUCGUUCUAAUAAUACCUGUAGCUGUGAGUCAGUUUUGGGAUAACUUGUCUGGCUUUAAAAUGACCUGUUUCUGAAGUUUAAGCCACAAGUAUAUUCAUUAGAUCGGCAAAAUGUGAUAGUUUGGUUUAAUGAGAUGUGCAAACUGGGGCCAUGACUAUUAAGAUAGAAAGUUGCCUAUACUGAGUCAGACCACUGGUCCAUUUAGCUCAUUUGAUUAUAUUCUGCCAUACAGUAUUUAUAUAAUAUUCAGAUAUGUAGCACAGACUAAUAUGGAUAAUAUAAACCUGACCUAGAGGUAGGUUUUUGUUUGUUUGCUUGCUUGCUUGUUUUUACUAAUAGCACAGUCUUUCUGGAACUGAAAUCUAGAAUGUAUCAAUGAUGCCAGUUCUAUACUAUGCUUCUACACCACUUCUAGGUGCUUUUGCCUGAAGACUUUUGGCUUCUCCUUUCCCCAUGCAGUGCCAUUUCAGUGGUAACCCUUUAUCAACUUCUUGGAUGGAUCCUUUCGUAGUUUUUCUUAGCUUUCUUCAGGUCCAUGUCUUGGGGGGGGGGGCGGAAAUGCUAACUUGGAAGGCAUAGCGUUUAAAGUGUGAUUAAGUCCAUAAUGUGCGUCAACUUCUUUCUGCAGCUAACCGAAGGAGCGUUUACAAGAUGGAAAAGGAAGAGAGUAUCCCUGACGGGAUGUGCAUUGAUUCUGACGGAAAGCUCUGGGUGGCUUGUUACAAUGGAGGAAGAGUGAUCCGUAUAGACCCCGAGACAGGUAAGCAGUUGCAAGGUGGGAGGAAGAAAGAAAAAUCUCAAUUAAAGAAUCUCGAUGAUCCCUCUUGGGUCCUUUCAGGCUCCCAUGGAAGACUUUAUUGCAUACUCUUUUUGAUGCCCCAAUGCUCAACACGUUGCAUACAACCCUGUAGUGUUGUUUUUCAAAGCGAAUGAUGUGAUGAACAGCUCACAUAUCUGUGUGGAUUGCAUCCAUUCUGCUGUGUAUGCACCAUACAUUCAAAUCCUGGGAACUAUAGUUUAAGGGUGCUGGGGAUUGUACCUCAGUGAGGGGCAAACUACAGUUCCCAGGAUUCUUUGGGGAACCUUUGCUUAUGUGGAGCUGCUUCUAUGAAGGGGGCAGCCUGCAGCUCCAAGGGUGCAAGGGGAAAUCAAAAAGGCAUAUUAACCCCUGGUGUCUAAAGCAGCUCUUGUUUUAAGAACUGAGCAAAUGUAAAAACUACAUAAACCAAAGUGCAGAUUCGUGUUUUUUUCAAAACUGAGGACUGAGUGCAGUGGCAGAGAAUUUGGUUUGCCCCGGGUUAAAUCCCUAGCAUCUCUGAUUAAAAGCAUCAGGUAGGAGGGGCUGGGAAAGACCUCCCUUUGCUUAAGAGCCAUUGUGUCACAGGGUGUGUUCACAUUCCCCCUAGCUGUUCACAUCAGAAUCAGAGUGGCUUCAUUAGUGUCAGAUUCUGAUUUCUGUCUGUGUACACAACCAGGACGUGUUGACCAGGGUGGGGACGUUUUUACCCUAUGCCAACGUGCUGAGAGCAGCUUAAGGACUCUAAUUGGGGUGAAAUUGGCUUGAGAAACAAUGCAUCAAACUGUAGUAUUUUGUAACAAAGUGCAAGGUGCAUAUGCAUUUAGGAUAAUGGUGUGUGAACAAGGAUUUAAAACCCAGCAAUGGAAACACAGUUGAGUGCACUGUGGGAGAGAAUGGACACACAGUCAUAGUAGGCCACACUGGGCUAAAAUAUAGUCCAGUAUUCUCCACAUUACAAAAGUUUCUCUUCCAUACCGGCAACGAUCAUAAAUUCACAUAAAUAGUAUAUGAAUGCUGUGUAACAGUUGAAGAAAUUCAGCUGAAAUGUGAUGGAAUCCCAGUAAGGCAAUUUUGUUUAAUCAACCAAUACAAUAAACCUAUUUGUUUACUUUCUUAUUUUUGCAUUUAAAAAAAAAAAACCUUCUUCAAAGUCUAUGCUGCAACUCUGGAGCAUACAUCCAUUUCAGGGUUUUGCUUUGUUUUGUUUUAAAGUGAUAAUGUUACUUGCAUUCAAGACUUACUCUGCUUUGGCACUGAUCCAUUCUGUCAGGAUUCUUGCAGGACUAUCCUACAAUUAUAUAAUCCUAGACAUUACAAUGUUUUUAAUAGGGCGUUCUUCAGAUAGUAAUGCUUAUUACUUUAAUUACUUCCAAAUAUGCUAAGCAAGCCCUGUUUUAUGGGGAAGGGGCAGCCCUUCGAGUUGUGCUCCAAACACUAAAUUGUGGGGUGGGGGACACACGUUGAUCAUCCGCAUAACCCCCCCAAAAAAACCCCAAAACUGGUAUACUUUAAUAGGAAAACGUCUCCAGACCGUGAAGCUGCCUGUUGCUGAAACUACUUCCUGCAGUUUUGGUGGAAAUGAUUAUUCAGAGCUGUACGUCACAUCUGCUAGCCAAGGAUUGGAUGAGGCCUCACUGUCAGGGCAGCCAAAAGCUGGCAAUGUUUUCAAGGUAAUUGGAUGGUUUUCAGCGCGUACGAAAGGGUCCAGUGCACUUGAGGCCACACACAUGUGGGAAAGGGCUGUAGUUUGGUGAGAGAGCAUCUGCCUUGCAUGCAGAAAGUUUUCCAGGUCAGCCCUCAGCAUCUGCAGGUAGGGCUGGGUAACACUUCCCGUCUGAAACCCUGGAUAAACUCUGCCAAUCAGUGUCAGUACUGAGUUCUAUGGACCCAGUUGCCUGUAGAAGACAGCUAUGAAAGAACAGGGUGGGAGAGAGAGGUGUUUGGUGCCAGGCCAAACCUAUAAAAAGCUGUUGUUUAUUUUAUUCUCCUGUGAAAUAUGUGCACUUUGCAUUUAGAAAUGCAAUUGCCCUAUAUACUUACAUAUGAUAUUAAGAUGCAGGCAAGCAUUUAGAGUUGUUGUUUUUGUUGGGUGGUGGUGGAUACUUUUUGAGUUUAUAACCAAAGGCACAUGGGGGAUUUUGAGUUGUCAUAUUUAUAUCCUUCCCCUCAUGCUUUUUAACAGAUCACUGGCCUCGGGGUGAAAGGAAUCCCGCCAAAUUCAUAUGCGGGCUAACAGUUACUCUCAAAGGCACUCAUCAAGAGCAGGAAAGAAGAAAAUGUCAAAGAUUCACAUGCGUAUCUCUUUCCUGACGGCUACAGCAAGAUGGCAGCCACGGAAAGCCAAGCUAAAUAACCUCCAAACAUUUAAUAUAGAUUUUGUAUUUUGCCAAAUUGGCCUUUUUGUUAACAACAAGAAAAGCAAUGUUUUCUUCUCUUCUACAAAAAUCGAUUCUUUCCUAAUAAAGACUGAAAUGCAUGCAG